AUGGUGUUGCCUGAUGUAGCAGGCGAGGAGUACACUUCCCCGCUUCCAGAGGUUCUCGGAUCUUCCGGCAAAGGCGGUCCAGGCAAAAGCGAGCGGAGGAAGCUAUCUCCACCCCGUCUUCCGGAGCCUAGCAGCCGACAGGCGACCCCGGAGAGGCCUCCCGCGAAGGUCCACUUCUCAGAGGACUUCUCGCAGGAUGGCAAUCCUGAAAACUUGGAUGCAGGCAAGGCAGAGCCGAAGCCUCCUUCGCGCUGGCAGUAUCCCUCUCAGCGCAGCCUGGCGGUGUGCCCAGAGCGUGGCGCGAGGCCGCGAUUCGGACGUUGCUUUCGGUCUGCUGAAGAUGUUGCGCAGGUACAUGUCACUGUCAGCUGCACGGACUUGGUGAUUGAGGAGAGCACUGUCAGGAACAAUCAGGUGGAGGGCCUGGUCCUGGCGGUGGCGCUCAACUUCCUCUCACUUUUUGUCGCAGUUCUCCUGAUGUGGCUCAUUUCGCGAUGUAAGCGCGGCUACCGCGUGCUGGUGCCCAAGAAGUCAGGAGGAGGCCGACUAGGACUGCCCCAUGAAUGGUUUCGUGAUGCUUACAAGAUCCAGUAUGACGAUAUGGACCAGAUCUCCAUUGAUGGUCAGGUUGUGAUCCGGCUCUGCCUGCUUGGCUUGAAGUUCUCGGCCUUCGGCACGCUUGUGGCCUGCGUUUUGGUGCCCAUUUAUGCCUCCACCAAAGGGCCGCAGACGGGAGUGCUGGCGUACAGCAUGAGCAAUCUGACGAGUCAAGAUGACGACUACGUCUUUUGGAUUGUGGUGGUGGGAGCUUACCUUCUUGUCCUCAACUUCUUUUGGCUCAUCCGCGCCGAGUGGCGGUACUUCAUCAAGCUGCGACAGGACCAUUUUAUGCGCCGCGCGACUGGUAAGGAGGGCGAAGGGUCUGCCCAGGCGCAGUACUCCUUGAUAGUGGAAAGACUGCCCAAGAAGUUCCAGGACACAGUCUCGGUGGCUGGUCUUUUUUCGCAGAUUUUCCCCAGACAGGUGCACUCAGCCGUGGCCCAGCGGGACACGCUGCUGUUCUACCACCUGCGUGCGCUGAAGCGGACGAGCGACAGCAUUGUGGUGUGCACCUGCUGCCAGGGCUGCGUGCAUCGGCAGCUGGAGAAGACGGUGCAGUUGGAGCGCGCUGUUGCUCGUAGAUACAGGCAAGCCGAGAAGUACGUCUCAGAUUUUGCCAUGGAUGGUCAGGUUGAUCCAGAGCUGCGCGAGAACCUCAUGCAGCAAAUGCCGGGUUUGCAGGUGCCCCUCAGCCUUCCCGGCGUGAAGGGUGUGUUCGGGGGUGAGACUGCAGAGCAGGGAGACGAAGAAGCACCCCGAGAGAGGCGAAAGCCACGGCUGCAAAGAUCCCAGCAUCUGAACCCUGAGUCGGAGUGUCCACCCAGCAGCACGGCCUUUGUGACAUUGAAGAAGCUUGCCGAUCGUGUGCUGGCAGAGCAGAUCCCCCUCUUCGAUGCGGGCCAAGACGAAGCUGGAAUGGAGUCUAUCAUCGUAGCUCCCGCGCCGGAGGCCAGAGCCAUCAUUUGGGAGAAUGUGCAGCUGCCCGUGGAUCAAGUAUUGCAGCGGCAGACCGUGGGCAGAGCUUUGUGUGUCGUUGGCAUUCUGUUCUGGUCGAUCCCCAUCACUUCGAUACAGGCCCUGUCCUCACAGCAGCUCCUACAGGCGAUGCUCUCCGCAGAGGCCCUGGAGUGGUUCCAGACGCACGCUGGCGUGGUCUACUCCCUCAUAGUUGGGUACUUCACGGUUCUGGCCUUGCUCGUACUGCUGGUGAUUUUGCCCAUCGCCCUGAAUUUCAUUGGUGUCUUUGUUGAGGCGAGGAAGUCCAGGACCGAGGUGGACAAGUCCGUGAUGCAAAGGAACCUCUGGUUCCAAUUCUUUUCCCUGUGGCUUAUGGUCUUCAGCAGCUCUCUGGCAAAUUCAGUGUGGCAGAUCAUGGACCACCCUGGCUGCCUUGCGACGAUUCUUGGCAAUGCCAUUCCGCAGGUAUCUGUGUACUUCACUACGUUUGUCAUUGCAAGGAUUGGCUUGAGUCUGCCACUCCUUUUGCUGCGCUUGGACGCACUCAAGUCUUUGAUUGUGCUUCCCAGGCGCAGUGCUCCGAACAAAGAGUCGGGUGCAAGCAGCAGCACUGACGAUGGGAGUGCCAGUUCAAGCGAAAGUGACGAGGCGAGCGAGACGCCGGUUGCUCCGGUUUACUGCUACUUCGCAUCAGAGGUGACCAACAUCACCAUUGUCUUCGUCCUGGCUCUCAUGUACUGCGUUGUGGCGCCAAUCAUGAUGCCAGCAUGUAUGAUUUACUUCGGCCUGGCCUUCGGUGUGUACAAGUGGCUCUUUGUGCACGUCUACAGCAAGGAGAUCGACCUCCUGGGAGAGUGCUGGUACCCGGUGUUCUGGGGCCUCAUUGUGGGCAUGGCCUUCGGCACGGUGUCCCUCGCGGGCCUCGCGGCCGUGCAGAAGGGCCCCAGGUCCCCUCACUGCAUUGCCCUGUGGGUUCUGUCCUUCUCCGUCGGCUUCUUCGCUAACCAUUGCCAGAAGACCUUUAAGAAGCACUGCUCUGUGCUGCCGUUCCGGGCAGCAGUGCAAGCAGAUGAGUCUGGAGCAUCUCGGGACUUGAACUUCACCAGAUCCUGGGCCAUCUCUUUGCCGAUGAAGCUCGGCGCAAGGUCACAAGAGCCCAUGGGGCGCUUUUUGGCCGCAGCCGCUGUGCUGCCUCCUGCCGUAGCAGGGCAGCUGCUGCUACGCACAGCAGCUGGUGCCGAGUUUUCCUCCUGCGUGGCAGAGCUUGCCGCCGUCCUGGGGGGGAUGAUUCAGUUUUUGCUGUUGCUGGGCGUCUCGAAGCCAGAGAACUUUCCUAUUCCGAUGAUGCUGAGUUUUGCUAUCGGGCUGGGUCACGCAGUUGGGGUGGGCACCGUGUCUGUAAUCCUCGAAGAGGAUGUAGAGGACACCACCAUCACCGGUAUUUGGUUGAUUAGCCUGUUCAUUUUUAUCAUGGCUGGUGCCACCGCGCAGCUGGCCUGGGGUGUUAGUUUCCAAAGCGAGCAGACUCUGCAGACGAGCAAGGCUCUUAGGCGGUUGCGGAACAGCAUCCAGGAAGCUUCGCCACAGGAUGUGGAGCUUAUGGAUGGAGGGCCCAUGGUGAUUUCCCAUUACGAGGAAACCAUGAAGCAGGUGGAUGCUAUUUGGGAUGCCUUGCGCUACCGCCCAACCUUGUCAGAGGAGGUGAUCUUUGAGCUUGGCACGGCGUUCCACAACGUCAAGGGUACGCUGACUUCUGGAAAGCUCUACAAGACCGAGGUCAAGGGAGGGCUGUCAUUGCCGCCGGCCCUGCCCCUGAUGUCCUCAAUCAGUGAGAGCUCCCAGCACAACUCCCAGCAGCUUCAGUACUUCAGGCAGGUUCAAUCCGCACUUGACAGCGAGCGUGUGGAGAACAUUAGGCAGCGUGGUUCCUCACAGUCACAUUCGGAUGAUGUCGAGGGAGUUGAUCUUCCUCAUACCAUUCCUGGGCAUUCCAAGACGGCGCCCCGCGGCGCGCGCUCUGCACGCUCCAGCGUGUCAAUUGCGGCGGACGAGCAGCUUCAGUUCUUGGCGCAGCUGCAUGCAGGUUGCCACAACGACCUCACCGAGAACGAAUUGCCGGAGCCGAUGGACAAACGAGAGGCGACUUUGGCCGAGUUGGGCAGAUGGAAGUUUGAUGCCUACGCCUUUGAAAGGCACCAUGGCAAUGCCUUGCUUCAUGCAGGCUUUCGCAUCGGCUCGGAGCUGCUCACGGAGGCUGGCGUGACCAACUUCGCUCUCCCUUUGAGGUGCUUCCUGCAAGAUCUGCAGAGACAGUAUCACACGGUUCCCUACCACAACUACAUCCAUGCUGCGGAUGUGUUGAGCUCGUGUACCUACUUCCUCUCCCAGGACAGGCGUGUGAGCCGUGCGCCACUGCCCGCGUUGCCGCGGCUGGCCACCUUUGUUGCAGCUGUCAUCCAUGACGUGGGUCACUUUGGCAGGAGCAACCGGUAUCAUGUGGCGAGUCACGACCCGGUUGCUGUACUCUACAAUGAUCAGUCACCCUUGGAGAACAUGCACUGCACGAUCGGCUUCAGCCUGCUGCGCCAGCCGCAAGCCGCGCUCUUCCGACGCCCUCAUAUGGCGAUGGCUGAGGAGGACGGUUGCUCAGGCCUUCCAGACGCGGACUUCACGCUGCUGAGGCGGAUAGUCAUCGAGGCCGUCCUGGCCACGGACAUGUCCAAGCACUUUGAGACCUUGUCCAGGUUCAAGGCAGCGAUCAACUACACCGAGUCUGGCGACAAGAACGACAUCUCAAUGCCAUCCGAACCUUCGAUCUACACAGAGUCGGCGGCUGACAGAGCAGUAAGAGUCGUCUCAGUCUAUCUUAAGGCAGCAGACAUUGGUCAUGCGGGCAAGCCGCUGGACAUCACAAGGAGAAUGACAAUUCGGAUUCACAUGGAGUUCUUUUCGCAGGGCGAUGAGGAGCGAGAGCUUGGCCUCCCGAUCUCCCCGCUCUGUGACCGCAACGAGGUAAAUAUUGCCAUCUCACAGGUUGGAUUUCUGCGGCACUUGGUCACUCCGUUGUACAAGGCUGUGCAUUUCUAUAUCACCAGUGAUGACUUUUUGAUUGACUGUCUGAAUCGCCUGGAGGCGAACCUGAACCACUGGCAAUCAGCUGAGCCUUGUGUCACAACCCAGGAUGUUCCGGACACCCAUAUUGAAGGAAUCGAGUCGGUAUCUCCCGCUAUCUUCUCUCCCGGUGUCUUCCCGCAAUCGCAGAUCGUGAACCUCAUCACAGGGCCGCGACCUUUGCUUCAGGGCAUGGGGCUGAUGGAUGCGCAGCUCUACUGCUGUGAGGCACUUUCAGCCAAGCUGAGUGAGAUCCUGAUUUUGCUGGUGGCGGUGCCGCAAAACGGCGGAUUCGCAGAUUUUGGGCCUGCGGAGGAGAACUUGCCCGAAUCCACGCGCCAGGCCUUGGCGCGCCUGGAGGGCGCCUUGACAAGGACCAGCUACAGCGAUGCCUGCUGUCAUGGGCGCAGGACCUCCGAGCUGCGAGCGCCGGCUUCGGCGACGGCGAAAGCAGCGCCCGCAGCCAGAACGCUGGCCAAGCGGCAGAACUCCUGGGCAAGCACCUACUCCGAGAGCUUCACGCGCUUUGAUUGUGAUCACUACAAAAAGAAGGAGCGGCCUUCAUCGGAGCCUCGGCCUCUGGGAGCUGAGAAGGAGCGCCAAGAGCGGCGCAAGAUGGAGCGAGAGGCAAAGCAGCAGGAGGUGAUUGCCAGGGCUCGUGCGCUGGAGGAGCAGAACAGGAACGGCAGCUACCUUCAGAGGGACUUGGGGCCCUUACAGGGCUCCUUGCGGGAACUGGCGAUUGCGCUGGGUGCGGGCUCUGCAAAGGCGACCUUUGUUGGAGGGCCUGCUUCCUGCAACUGGAAAAGCGAGGCCAAGUCAAGCUUCGCCGUUGAUGUCUUCUCCAAGACGAACGCUGCCAAAUAUGAGCUGCCUGUGCAGCUGGUGAGUCUGGCCAAGCACAAGAAUACGUGA